AUGGCUCGCGGAAGCAAAUUGCCCUGGGGCCUUUCAUUUCGAUCCUCAGAAUGGUUUAUUCUGCUCGUGGUCUCAGCGGCGUUGUUCACGAUUGUCCCAAUUGUGCCCUUGGCACUUACCGACCGCGCAGAUGUGCCGCAGGGAGAUGCCCUUUUCGGUUAUUUUGCAGAUCGUGGCAGGAGUCGGCAAUUACCGUUCGUUAUGGGGUUGGUUGCCAUGAUAUUGGCGACUUCUUUAUUCCUCGUUGGGCGGUCCCCAGGCUUGUUUGUAGUGGCAAGGGCAAUGCAAGGGCUUUCGGGUGGUGCCGUUGGAGCAGUCGGAAUGGCAUUGGCCGUUGAUACUGUCCCCAAGGAAAGAAUUGGGCAAGCAAUGGGAUAUGUCUCCCUCGCAUUGACUUGGGGGGUGCUAUUCGGACCAAUUGUUGGAGGAGUCAUGUUCACCAAGGCAGGCUAUUAUGCAGCAUUCGCGGUACCGAUAGCAUUACUAUGCAUUGACAUCGUACUGCGGCUUCUUAUGAUUGAGAAAAAAGUUUUCUUAGAGGAUGGGAAGCUGAUUUGGAGGGUUGCAGUUGCGAAUAGGUGGCUCCACCAUAUCGUAGGCGCUCGAAACCACACUGAUUCAUACGAUCACCCAUCCCCACCAGGUUCGUCGAGCCGGACUCAAUCUCUGGGUUCGGACUCUGAAGACACCAUUGACGAACAGUCGCCACUCAUCCAACCAUCUAAAAACGGCAAUUCGAAGCCUACUUCCACAAAAGCACUGAUGAUAUACCACCUGCUCAAGGAUUCCCGGAUAUUGGUUAAUUUGUUUGCAACUGUGAUUCAGUCAAUUGUAUGGACUGCAUUCGAAACGACACUUCCCAUAUUCGUGAUGGAUAAAUUCAACUGGACUCCAAGCGGAACGGGAAUUCUAUUUCUCAUCUUCGCCCUUCCGUGCUUAUUUGGAGUCUUAAUAGGGAAGGGUGUGGACCGUUGGGGAUCGCGCGUGUUCGGCACAUUUGGCUUCAUACUCGCAGGCCCCCCACUCAUCCUCCUCCGACUUGUGCAGCACAACACAACAGGACAACAGAUAACCCUAGGGGCAUUGCUUGUUCUUGUUGGUCUAGCAAUCACAGUCGUUCAGGUAAUCACAAUGACAGAAAUUUCCCACGCAGUCGACGAACUGGAAGAGAGAGAUCCAGUCUUGUUUUCGGGGCCCGGUGCCAUGGGCCAGGGCUAUGCACUCUAUAAUAUGGCUUUUGCUGCUGGGCAACUUCUUGGCCCAAUAAUUGGAGGUUUCGUGAUCACCAGUUUUGGCUGGGCGGGGAUGAAUUUGGCGCUUGGUUUGAUCUGUUUCGCCUCCGCGGUCCCAAUGGCCAUAUUCUGCGGAGGUACCAUCACAUCACAGAAAGGAAAGCUGAAGGUCCGCGAUUUGUCCGGCGGUGGCGAAGCAUAUGAAUCCUAA